AUGAAAGUCCUUUGCCUACCCAGAAAUGAGUAAAAAAAUCUUUUUACUCUUUGUCGAAGGUGGUCUGAGUUGUUUUCACAAACUUGAUUUCGUUUCAUCCUAGUUUUCUUGUUUUCGUCGUAGAAAUUCUUAAAGUUUCGAUAUGAUUUAAAAAUACAGCUGUGAAUAGAUAUGGCUAAAAGAUCUAAUCCUUUUACUGACGAUUUUAUUCCUCAAAGUAAAAUUCAUGUAGGAAACAAGCAAUUUAAUAACAAUGAAGUUAGACUCGAAAAAGUUUACGAAAAAACGCUAGAACUACUGUACAAAGGUGCCAAGAAACCAACUGUUUUAGAAAGUUCAGUAGUGCCAGUACCCACUAGAAAGGAUAAAAUGAAACAGCUGUUCAUAGGCAAAAAUGGCAGUCUUUUACACUCUGGCACAAUGGUUCAAAAUGCAAUUUCAGUAAAGGGACUGUGCAGAUGUGGUGGAUCUUCCGUGUUGAAUUGUGCAUAUUGUGAGAGAGUAAUGUGCACCCAGUGUGAGCGCCUCUGCACUCGAUGUAACCACUCAUACUGCUUUCAUUGCUCAUUACUAGGAUCAGAUGGUUCAGAGGUGUGCGUUUCUUGUUAUGAUUAAUAUAAUAUAAACAAUCCAGAGCUUGUAAGACUGUUGUUUAGUUUUUAAUUUGGUUAAGUUUUUUUUUUAUUAUUAGAUGAAUAAAAAUACAGAUAUUUUUACACAUUACUUCAAUUUAUUUAUACAAAAUAUAACAAACUAAAUUCAUUCCCCCUCCAUUUCUAAAUAAAAUAUUUUUCAUGCACAAAAUUAACAAAUCAGUUUUACAUGGAUAUAUAAUAGAAAAAGUCCAGAAGCCAGCAUGUUAUAUACGUAUAAUUAUGGAAACCACAGAAAAAUAAGGCCAUAUAAAAGGCAAUCUUAUCAAUACAGCAUUUCAAACAAACCAAUUUAAUCAGAAUGCAAACAAGAUUGUACCUUGUACCUAGGACACAUUUUUGUCAAUAUAUAUUUUUCAUAAGGGAAGUUAAUUACUUACCUUGAUUUUAUUUUCUAUAAUAUCAAAUUUACAUUUUCAUUAAAUUGGUUUCAAUUACAAACAUUACUUUAAUACAGUAUUGACCAUGGGCCAACCUAGUAAUAUAAUUAUAUAUUAAUAGCAAAUUCCAUAAAAUGGUACACAGUUUAUUAACUUUCUUUCACAUAAUUUUCAUUUUAUUGACAUUCAUAACAAUGUGAUCUCGGCUAAACAAUGAAGAUCCACACAUGUACUUGUUCCCUUUCAUUGCAAUUAGGAGCAAUAACUUCAUAUAAAAUCCAUUCUUACAAAAUAACAGGGACGACGCAGAUUUGUGCAUAAAAUUAUAUGUUAAAGCAACAAUACAUGAAAUAUGUAUGCAGAAUUAUGAUUUACAUAGCUAUUGAAUAGUAAUUGACUAAUUUUAUUUAUAAAUCAUAAUGGUAUGUGAUUGAUCACAUACGAGUACCUAUAACCCUUUGUCCCAAAUGUUAAAAUCACACAUAAAGAAUGUUUAUGCUUAUAUCAAUAAUAUAACUUUCGCAACUACAAAAAAGUAACUAAAAAAAGUCGUAAUUUAAAACAAGUUUAUAAUUUACAAUUACUAAUAAAGGCGCAAUCGAUGCCCGUGUCACAAUCUUGUUACACAUAUUUAUUUGUCACGCGCUCUCCGUCUAUACAUUGAUCGAAUGUCAUUAUGUUAAUGAGGAAGUAUUUAAAAAAAAUAAAGCACUAAAUAGCACCUCAUUAGAUGGCGACUCUACCAAAAGUUGAUUUUUGUAAAAGAUAGUCAUUUCAAUUCCUUUUAUCUAACACAUUAAAAAACUGAAUUUUGCAAAUUUCGAAACUUAUAUAUCAAUACAAAUACGAAAAAGUACUAAUAGAAUAAGAGUUUUAUAUUUUAUUGGGUUUUGAAAAUUAAUUUACUUUAAUUUUUCUACAUGGGGCAAUCAAGAAUGUACCGUAGCGACACCUAGUUUGAUUUCGGGAACUAAUUAUUUUUUAAAUA